GUCCUUUUUUCUUAUAAGGAAUCGUCAGUGCACUUUGAUUCCAUAUUCCUUUCAAGUUUUAAGUAAUCGAAUUUGCUCGAAAGAAGACGAUCUGUCAAAGGAAAGCUAGAGGAAGGAAUCCAUCCACAGCUGUCUGUCAAUAACGUUGUACAAUAUCGGGGUCGUAGUUUUGAUGGAAAAAUAAUGCCAGUAAAAGUUGAUAUAACUCCACCACCCCCAGCAAACUCCAAACAGCCUGGUGUUACUAAGUCUCUCUUAUACAAUGGUUCCAAAUUCCAAGGGCACCAAAAAUCCAAAGGCAACUCUUACGAAGUCGAAGUCGUUUUGCAGCAUGUUGAUGAAGAAAAUUCAUACCUUUGUGGUUAUUUAAAAAUAAAGGGGCUUACGGAGGAGUUUCCUACGUUGACUACCUUUUUUGAUGGUGAAAUAAUAUCAGCCAAAUAUCCUUUUCUUACACGAAAAUGGGACGCUGAUGAAGAUGUAGACAGGAAACAUUGGAGUAAAUUUGACUUAUUUGUGCCGUAUUUGAAAACAUUCAACUCUGAUUCGUUUGACUAUGACUCUCUUGCUAAGGCUGACUACGUAUUUAUGAGAUGGAAGGAGCACUUCUUGGUGCCCGACCACACAAUUAAGGACAUAAAUGGUGCUUCAUUUGCUGGGUUUUAUUACAUAUGCUUCCAUAAGUCUGCGGCAACUAUUGAAGGAUAUUAUUAUCAUCGAAGUUCCGAAUGGUAUCAAUCUCUGACACUAAGCCACGUACCGGAACAUAGCAUCCAAAUCUAUGAGUUUAGAUGAAGUGUUUAUGCAAAGACUUUUUAAGUUUCUGUGGGUAAUCAAAGUCUACUUGUACUUACUCAUUUCUUAAGUCUAUCAGUUGAUAUCUUUGCAAAAGACAAAAAGAGUACCAAUGUUAAGUUUUUAAUUUUAGGUAAAGAUGUCAGGGCCAGAAAUAGUGAUUUCGCUCAGAACAAAACCCAGUAAUUGUAUGAUGUCCAUGUUUGUUGAACAUUUGUUAUCUGUUCUUGCAUAUACUUCAGUUCAGUGAUGCUUUUCACCAUGUAAAUAUUACUUUCAUUGUAGAACUAUUUUCCUAAGAUGUUCCUUUUAGUAGCUCUAUGAUUUUCCUCUAUCAUCAUCAUUGUCAUUGAAUAUACACAUUGCAUGUGAAGUGUAUAGUUUUUCGUUAAGUACUAAGUAUUCUUAUUGAAUGUGAUAUUUUGUACAAAUUACUCACAAAGUAAGUAAACAUUAUGUUGCUAUAUUUUUAUCAUUUCACAGUAGUUGUGGAUAUUCUGCUGAAUUAUUAUGUUACCCAUUUUGUGUAAAUUUCGUGAAGUAUGUGCAAGUGCAAGGAAUCUCUUUUAUUUUGAACAAGUUCAUAUUUGAAUUAGUUCUUGUAGGAAUUAUUGAUUCAAAGAAUGUUAUUAGAAUUGAGUAUUUUUUUUCAAUAAAAUGUCUUACAGCAAA